AUCUUUCUUCACUCUUUCUUUUUUUUUUUUUUCUUCUUCUUAUAACAAUCCCGGACUUUUUUUUAAAAAAAAACUUUAAAUGUCUAAAGCCUCUUCUUUUGUACGUGAAUAUAAGUUGGUUAUGGUUGGUGGUGGAGGUGUUGGUAAAUCAGCCUUAACUAUCCAGUUUAUUCAAUCACACUUUGUUGAUGAAUAUGAUCCCACUAUCGAAGAUUCAUAUCGUAAGCAAUGUGUUAUCGAUUCAGAAACAGCCUUAUUGGAUGUACUCGAUACAGCUGGUCAAGAAGAAUACAGUGCUAUGCGUGAACAAUAUAUGAGAAAUGGUGAAGGAUUUUUACUAGUCUAUUCUAUUACUUCUCGCUUGUCAUUUGAAGAAAUUACAACAUUUUAUCAACAAAUCUGUCGUGUUAAAGAUCGUGAUUACUUCCCAAUGGUAUUAGUCGGAAACAAGUGUGAUUUAGAAGCUGAUAGACAAGUAUCGAGUCAAGAAGGAAGAGACUUGGCAAAGAAUUUUGGAUGUCAAUUUAUUGAAACCUCUGCAAAGCAAAGAAUUCAUGUCGAUGAAGCCUUUUUUGAAGUUGUUCGUGACAUUCGUAGAUAUAACAAAGAACAGGAGACACGGGGGCAUGAUCAAUUUGGUAUCCAAGAUGCUCCUGAUGUUGCUUCUGAUAAAUGUUGUAUUUUGAUGUAAAAUCCUCCUCUUUUUUUUUUUCUUUUAAUUACUAAUUUACUUACUACUACUAUUAUUUAUUCCCUUAUGUUAUUCUUUAUUCAUGCCCCCUUCCUACCUUCUUUUUUUAUUAAAAUCAAAUAUAAUGUAACAACAGUAA